UUCUUUCUGACCACCUUUCUAUACGAGUACUUUCCGUUUAUGUUUGCUAAUGGACCUUCCUUUUGGAAAGAUAUAUUUGCUAACCAUUGAGUGAUAAAACUACGGAGUUUAGGGGAAGAGCAGCAUGCUUGGAAAUGGAGUGGUUGGGAUCUUGUCUGAAACUUCAAAUAAGUGGGAAAGAAGGGCGCCUUUGACCCCAUCACACUGUGCUCGACUUCUCAACGGUGGCAGGGAUAAAAGUCCUGGCCAGGGAGUGGCUCGCAUCAUCGUGCAACCAUCCAGCAAGCGCAUCUUUCAUGAUAAACACUACGAAGAGGUCGGCUGUGAAAUAUCAGACGACUUGUCGGCAUGUGGCCUCGUCUUGGGCAUCAAAAUGCCGAGGUUGGAGAUGAUUCGUCCUGAUACAGCUUAUGCCUUCUUUUCACACACUCACAAGGCACAGGAAGAAAACAUGCCCUUGUUGGACAAGAUCCUGGCUGAAAGGGCGACAUUAUUUGACUACGAGCUUGUUGAUGGAGACAAUGGGAAGAGAUUAAUUGCUUUUGGAAAAUUUGCUGGAAGAGUGGCUUUAAUUGACUUAUUACGAGGACUAGGGGAGAGGUAUUUAAAUCUUGGAUAUUCUACGCCCUUCCUGUCACUGGGUGCAUCUUACAUGUAUCCUUCAGUGACUGCUGCUAAGGCAGCUGUAAUUUCUGUAGGAGACGAGAUUGCAAGGGAGGGGUUGCCAUCAGGAAUCUGUCCUCUCGUCUUUGUUUUUACCGGUUCUGGAAAAGGAUCUCUUGGGGCACAGGAGAUAUUUAAGCUUCUUCCUCACACUUUUGUUGAUCCAAGCAAACUUCCACAACUAUUUGAGAAAGCCAGGGAUCCUCCUCUGCCUGGUCAGGCAUCGGAGAGAGUCUUUGAAGUGUAUGGUUGUGUGGUGACUUCUCAGGACAUGGUUGAGCACAAAGACAAUCCUAAAGUAUUUGAUAAGGCUGACUAUUAUGCACAUCCAGAAUGCUACAAGCCUGUUUUCCAUGAAAGAAUAGCACCAUACGUAUCUGUUCUUGUUAAUUGCUUUUAUUGGGAGGAAAGAUUUCCCCGGUUGUUGAGCACCCAGCAGCUU